UCCGGGCAACAAACACUCUGCGUCUUACAAGUCAUGCUCCACUGCUCUUCUUCGAAGCUUGUUGUCCGAGAUUUGAAAGCUCUCGUUAAUUGGUUGUGGCCAUAGCCAAGCGGGAUCGACGCAGAGGAUGAUGCAGCGGAGCUGCGACGGUUCCUGAGAGUGGGCGAAUUCGGAGGAGCGUUUUUUUGUCAAUUUUGGCUUGGAGCAGUGUUGAAGCGAGAGAGUCAGAAGCCAUGGAUUUCAAGUCAAUGGAUGUGCGAACCCUAACGCUGCUGGGAGCAGGGAUGUGCACGAUAGCGUCGAUGCAUUUCACGUCGCAGCUGGUUGGACAGCAUCUUUUUUACUGGAACAAUCGGGCUCAGCAGAAGCUCAUCAUUAUCAUUAUCUUGAUGGCGCCUAUCUAUGCCGUGACGUCUUUCUUCGGCCUGGCGCAAAUUCAAGGCAGCGAGAUUUUUUUCACUUUUCUGGAGUCGAUCAAAGAGUGUUAUGAAGCUCUUGUAAUUGCGUCAUUUUUGAACCUGAUGUAUGAAUAUGUGGGUAUAUCUACAUCCAAGCGUGUUGUUCCAGAUGAGAUCAAAGGACGCGCCAUCCACCACAGCUUUCCAAUGACAUUGUUUGUGUCAAAAGAAGAGAAGUGUGAUGUGAAAUCAUUGAAACGGCUUCAAGAUUGGACGUGGCAGUUUGUCAUUCUGCGGCCACUGUUGUCUGUUCUUGUCAUAUUCUUGGAGUGGAUGGGUUUGUAUGAGGGCCUCAUCUCAUGGACUGUAACACUCGUCCUGAAUGUCUCAGUAUCUCUGGCGAUGUACUCGCUUGUUGUAUUUUAUCAUUUGUUUCAUGCCGAGCUAGCCCCCCACAAUCCCCUUGCCAAAAUUCUGUGCAUCAAAGGUGUCGUUUUCUUCUCUUUCUGGCAGGGAGUGGCAUUGCAGUUGCUAGCAGCAGCAGGUAUAAUUCGGGCCGAGCACAUUUGGCUGGAAAUCAACCAAAUAGAGGAAGCCUAUCAAAAUAUUUUUGUAUGCGUGGAGAUGGUGGGAUUCGCGAUUUUGCAGCAGUACGCAUUUAGUGUCCAAGAGUACUCAGGAAAUUAUGACAAAAUACUACAGGAUGCUCAGAGGAGGAGAGAGAAGAAAGAUUGAUCAGGGUAAAACAAGCACUGUGUAAGAUCGAUGAGCCCACUAACGCUCAUUUAUGGUACCUUGGUAUCGCAAGGAAAGCAAUAGUGUACAUGGUGUGUACUUUGAGUGUGUGACUGCUGUUCGCUUAUCAGCAUGCAGUUUGGGUUGAGAACAUUGCCGAGAUAUGUAUAUUAGAAGGCUUUUUGGGUGCGUCGUUGACAAAUAUCUGGUGACCAUACCAUUGAGAUUGAUGCAUAUGUCACGGAACAAGAUUUUCCGGUUUCUUUCUUUUGUGGAUUAGAAACGUAAAUGAAAGAGUAGUUUCUUGACCUCUUGCUUCACACGAAUAAGCUCUGUUAUGUUUCCGUACAGAUAGCACUAUUAUAUCAACUCUAUUGUUAUUAUUAAAAAUUCCUUAUUAGUAUUAUCAACUUCAACUA